GGAGAAGCAGCCCGCAUCGCAUCCCUCGAUGCUUGAAAACAUACCUUAUCAAUUAUUUCGAACCUACCCCAAAUAUAAGGAUGAUUUUCGUCAUUUCACAAAAAUAAUACCACGUGAUAAAAAUUUAAAAAUUUACCAUGGUAAAAAUUUGUGGUCAGGAAUUGUAAACAGUAUGAAUAAUAACGGUGAUCUUCAAAAAUGAGAAAACAAUGUCAUAAUUCUGCAUGCUGCCCUCCACCGCUAUUGUCGCCAACUUUCUCCCUUAUCCACCGUUCUCCGGCGCCGGAAACCACCGUGAUCCGCUGCACACCGCCACGACACAGAUAAUAACCACAUCGUACAAAUGCAAAAACCAACCAUGAUCAAAUUUCUUCUUUAUGGGAUGCUCCACAGUUUGCUUAAAGUUUCAAGAACCAGUUUUUUAGUCAAAUGGUAAUGUUUAGUGAAUAAAGAUUCAAAAUUUAUUCAAAUUGAGGAAGGAUUUUUUAUGGGUUGACUAUCAUUUUCAAGUAUAUGCAUCUGGAAAAGGGCAUUAUUAUCAUGGUCUUGAAUAAUAAUGGACAAAAAUGAGAUGUAAAAUUGAUGCAAAUUGUUGAGUUGUUGUUAUAAAGGAGAAUAUGAAAGAAGGAAACGGGCAAGAGGAAUUGCCAUCAUCACCAUAUAGGGUAUUACAACAAAUCUCUGAAGAAGCAGUGAGAGUUGCUGGCGAAGCGUUACAAAAUGUUUAUUCUAGUAGUAGUUCAAAAUUUGCUUCAAGUGGUGUUGUUGGACAUAGAAGAAGUCGUAGCGAAAUAGUGACUUCUUCUGUUCAUAGAAGUGGUAGUAAUUUCAAUAAAUGGAAGUCUCAAAUGCAAAGGGCUUUGAAGAAUUGGGGUUCUACUUCGCAGGAAGACAGCUCGUUUUUAUCAUUUAAUCCUGAGGUUUUGGCUAAUCAAAAGCGACAGUGGUAUCAGCUUCACUCCAAAACCUCGGAUUAUAAGAAAUAUAAGGAGCCCGACGCGCUUUUUGAGCACUUUGUUAUCGUUGGUCUUCAUCCAGAUGCUAAUCUUGAGGAUGUCGAGGAUGCAUUUGCCAGGAGAAAGAAAUGGGAAGUACAGUUAGAAACAUCUGACAUGGUGGAUUUCAGAAUGCUUUCAAAUUGUGGUCCUUCAGUUCCAUCUCUAGAACCUCAGGUACUCUUCAAGUAUCCUCCUGGAAAGAAGCUAGCCAUGCGUUUGAAGGAUUUGGCAGCAUUUUGCUUUCCUGGAGGUGUUAAGGCACAUGUGAUGGAAAGGACACCAUCAUUUAGUGAAUUAAAUGAACUGGUCUAUGGGCAGGAGCAUUUAGGCAGAGAUGACUCAUCGUUCAUAUUUUCUCUUAAGGUGGCAGACAAUGCUACCCUGUAUGGUGUAUGUUUACAUGUACCAGAAAUUGUUCAGAGACCACCUGCUAUCUAUGUUUCUUCAUCACCCCUUUCGCAAUCAUCAAUUGGUCGCAGUCGGUUUUUGGUUUCUGCACCUCGCUGUUAUUGUCUUUUAACAAGAGUUCCUUUAUUUGAAUUGCACUACGAGAUGUUGAACAGUGUAAUUGCACAAGAGCGCCUGAAUAGGAUAACACAUUUUGUUAGUGAAAUAAAUCUCACUGAUUUUAUCCCUGCUGCAUCGAAAAUGAACGAUGCAUCAAAUGCAAGCGUCGAUUCCUCUUACAGGGAUGAUGAAGCAGAUUGGACAGCUUCUGCAAUACCAGUUGACAGUGCAAUUGCUCUUACUGCUGCUGCAGCUGGGAUAAUCGAUGACGAUGAGGUUCCCUCAUCAUCAUCAAAGUGGGAAGUUUCUUCGCCUGUAAGUCUCACUGCCAGUGAGGCAUCAGAUCAUAGUCAAACAAGAGGAUUUGGUAAGGAUGGGGGAAGGAACAUCCACUAUGUUGAUGAUUGUGUAUCUGAAGCCUCAGAAGUUCGAUCUGAUAGUACUGAAAGGGUUUAUGGAAUUCAAGACAAUUACCGAACCCCUGAGAGUGGGCCUUCUGUCUUCUCAAAAGUCCGUUCAUUGGAGCGUCUUGGAAGCUUUGAAUCCUUAUUUAGUUCAGCAAGAAGUAUGGCAUCCGAGGAAGAGGAUGAUGACUUAUUUUUCAGCAAUGAAAAGGAUGCCGGGUGUGAGAUGAUAAUGGAGUGGGCUAGAGAGAAUAAGAAUGAUUUGCUGCAAAUAGUUUGUAGUUAUCAUUCCUUGCCCCUUCCACCACGAGGAAGUAAGAUCAUUUUUCAGCCACUCGAACAUCUGCAGGCUAUUGAAUACGAGAGAAUUUCAGUUUCUGAGCUCGGAAUUAGUGAGAAACAUAUGGGUACAAGAAUGAAUGAUCCAGAUGAUGCUGCAAAGGUAAAUUUCCAUUUAGCCGCUGCUGAGGAAGCUGUUGGACUAUCUAUAUGGACAACCGCAACAAUAUGUCGUUCACUUUCAAUUGAGACCGUAUUGGCCUUAAUCACUGGUGUGCUUCUCGAAAAACAAGUGGUUAUUAUGUGCCCCAAUUUGGGUGUUCUAUCUGCUGUGGUGCUGUCUCUGAUCCCCAUUAUUCGUCCAUUUCAAUGGCAGAGUUUAUUCUUACCUAUUUUGCCUGGGAAGAUGCUUGAUUUCCUUGAUGCUCCCGUACCUUUCAUUGUUGGCCUGCAGCACAAACCAACUGAUUUGAAGAUGAAAAGCGCUAAUCUUGUCCGUGUUAAUGUAACCAAAGAUCAGAUAAAAUCUUGUUACUUGCCUCUACUUCCUCAACGUAAGGAGCUUCUAUCAGAACUACGGCCAAUCCAUGCCAAAUUGUCACGUGAAGACUCUGUUGCUCAACGACGCCCUAUAUACAGAUGCAGUGAAGUGCAGACUGAAGCUGCAGCACAAUUCUUGACUGUUAUGCGGCGCUAUUUGGAGUCUCUUUGUUCGGAUUUGAGGUCUCAUACAAUAACUAGUGUGCAAUCAAACAGUGACCGGGUUUCGAUACUGCUAAAGGAUAGCUUUAUUGAUUCUUUUCCUGGUAGGGAUCAACCUUUUGUGAAGUGAAGUGGACUUCCCUAGGCUUAACUUUUUUCAAGAAUGACCAACAUCACUUCCGUUGGGUAUAUAUUCUAAGUUAGUUCUAUACUGUAAUUGGUUCUAAUCUGUAAUUGAACCAAGUUCAGAGAGAUAAAAAAAUUAUUGUUCGAGAGAAAAACAUCUUGGAUAAGAUGCCAGCAAACUUGGUGUAAGAACAAGGACAUUUUUUUUCCAUGCCAUGCAUAUUACAUUCCAUACACAAGGAGGAGUGACCUAAGCUAAUUUCAAUUUGGUCCAUAUGUAUUAUGCUUUUUGAUCGUAACUCGUAAGGCCAUUGUUGGGUUAGUGUUCAAUAAUCCUCUUCUUCCCCAGCAAGUCUUCCUUGAGUCAGAUUAUUAGUUCAUCAAUGCAAUGUCGCUGAUGGGCAGGGUCGGAGCUAGGUUGGGGUGAGGGGGUUACCCCUUCGCCGGAAAAUUACACUGUAUAUGUCAGGUCUAAUUUGGGUUUCGGGAAUAUAUACUCUGUAAUGAACCUCCUUGACACAGUUGAGAAACUUGGCUCGGUGGUUAAGGGGGUUCAAUAUUGCCUCAACGUUGCAGGGUCGAAUCUCACCCGCUGCGCUUGCUGCAUGCUUUCCCCUAUUUUUAGCUUUGUACACUUUCAACCUUUCAGGUAUACUGUUAUCUAGGGAAAGACCCAAAAUAGUCCUUUAUAUUUGGACUCUCACUCCAAACGGUCCCUAUUAUUUGAGGUGGAGUACUAAUAAUCCUUCAUCUUUCAAAUAAUGGAGCACAUUUAGUCCUAACUAACUGAUUAUAUCUAUAUUCUCCGGAACAAAAAACUAAUUGCUACCACACACCAUGGGGACACUUGGAUAUUUUGAAGGGGUGACUGCAAAAAGCCUCUAGUAUUUUUUGCCUUACUCUAAUCAGAUAUGGUUUUGGCAUUGUAAUUUAUUUGUGUUUUUGUUAAAUCUGAUUAGCAUUGCAUCUCGCCAUUAUUCAGUCAUCUCAAUUCUUUUAUCAUGCGAAUAUGCCCCAAAACCAAAUGAUCAAUAAAAAACGGAGUUCUCCCCGAGUACAGACUUUGGGGUUGUAGGAGACCUAAGUUAGAGAAUUAAGUAAUUCGUAUAAGCAUUCAGAUAUAUUACUCCCCCUUUUGAAUUUACUUGAGUCGAGGGUUUAUCUGAAACCUCUCCACUGAGUAUGUAUUAUAAUAUUAGUAAUUCAAUGCUUACACCUUUUUUAAGAACCUUGACUACUUUCAAAGUAAUAUAUGAUUGAAGGGGGACACUUUCAUAAGGAAAAAAAAAAAAAAAACUUUAAAGUAAAGUAAAGUAAAACACUACAAAGUGAAAGGGAAAAAAACACAAAUUUUUUAAAGAAGUGGUCGAUGAGCAGGGCAUAAGUACGAAGAAAUGUUAAACAGAGCAUGAGAAGGCGGGUUAAAAUUUAGUGGGUUGAAGUUAGUUUUGCCUUCGCCGCUCCGCUUCAUUUUUCCAUCUUGUAAUUUUCGCGUGUCUACUUUAUCACAUUUUGAACCCCCUUGAUAAAAAUCCUGCCUCCGACACUGCUGAUGGGUCCGUGUUUUUCGUGGGGUGCGGGUGGGGGGUGUUGCACUAGUCACAUUAACAGAUCUAUCACUCGGGGCACAAAAUCAGACUUCAAUAUGUAGAAUAAUUUCUAAUAAUCAUCUGUUUCACAUUCUUGUGAUAAUCUCUAGCCUUUUCCAUGAUACGUAGUUCAUCUUUUUUCGUUUAGGCUCAUGUAUGAUCUCAUUGAUAUAUUCUCUUCUUUGUU